CUUUAUUUAUUUUGUUCACAUCUUUGAAUAGAUCACACUUAUUUAACCUGACUUGGCGUUAAAAAAAAAAAAAACGUAUUUUUUUCCAAAGUAGUUGGGAAAGUAGCUACCAGCGGGUGGUAAAAUGUCGUGCUCGUUGGUUGGACCCUCUGGGAUCCGUAUUCCACUGCUGGACGGACGGGCAGUGAUUCUGGGCCGCGGUCCGGACACCGGAGUCACCGACAAGAAAUGCUCCAGGCACCAGGUGAAGGUGGUGGCUUGUUAUGCGGAGCAGGAUGUGGUUAUUACUCAGCUCGGGCCCAAUCCCAGUUUCCUGAACAAUGAGAAGCUGGGUCGAGGUCAGUCGGGUAAACUCAGCCAUGAAGGCAUCCUGUACCUGGUUAACCAGAGCCACCCGUUCACCCUGAACUUCUCUCUGAGCACCAAUGGAACAUCCUGCAGCACGGCGGAGAGGAGCCUAAAGGCCACAGAUAAGACUAAAGGAGGGAGAACUGGGAAAGGGAAAGAGGCUGAACUGAGUCCGAUACCCAAACGCAGCAUCAAGGAUUUCUUUCCAGCUUCACCCUCUAAGUCGUCUAAAAGGCAGCUGAGCUCUGAGAGGGAAAAUCCAGAAGUGAAGCGGCAGAAAUUAGACGAGCAGCAGGAGGAAGAGGAGGAGGAGGAAGAGAGACUCGCUGAGGAAAAGCUCAAACAGCUGCAGGAAUUUGCCAAAAAAAGCAUGAAAGACGACCAAAAAGACACCCAGUCUUCCCAUUCCACAUCUCCAGCAAAGGCGUGUGUGAAGAGCAGCUGGCAGCAGACGGGAAACCUCAUGUUUUACACGGCUGCGGGGGUGAAAGCCAGUGAAAAGAUUGCUGGGUUUGAUAUUGAUGGGUGUAUUAUCACCACUAAGUCUGGAAAAGUUUUUCCUACAGCGCCUGAUGACUGGAAGAUUCUGUACCCUGAGAUUCAGCCCAGACUCGCCAACCUACUCAAAAAAGGUUAUAAGGUUGUUUUCUUCACCAACCAGAUGGGGAUCUCGAGGGGCAAACUGAGACCAGAAGUAUUCAAGUCCAAAGUGGAGGACGUGCUCGCCACCCUGCAGCUGCCUGUGCAGGUGUUUGUAGCCAGUGGUCCUGGAGUCUACAGAAAACCAGCGGUUGGAAUGUGGAAUCACCUGUGUGAGAAAGCUAAUGAAGGUGUAGCUGUUGACAAGACACAUAGUUUUUAUGUAGGGGAUGCUGCAGGAAGGCCGGAGAACUGGGCUCCUGGGAGGAAGAAGAAGGAUUUUUCUUGCAGUGACAGAUUGUUUGCUCUGAACAUCGGGCUGCAGUUCUAUACUCCAGAGGAGUACUUUUUGGGUUGGAAGAGCGCCCCCUACAGCCUGCCUGACUUUGACCCACGGAAACUGGACUCUACCUCCAGGCUGUUUGAUCCACCGUCCGCCUCCCUCACUUCCACAAAGACGGAGGUUAUUGUUGCCGUUGGUUACCCUGCAGCUGGUAAAUCCACCUUCUUCCACACACAUAUUAUUCCAAAAGGCUACGCCUACAUCAACAGGGACACGCUGGGCUCCUGGCAGAACUGCGUGUCGGCUUGUGAGCGCGCUCUGAGGGAGGGCCAGAGCGUCGCAGUGGACAACACCAACCCAGACCCAGAGUCUCGCAAACGAUAUGUGGAUGUGGCCAAAGCAGCAGGAGUGACCUGCCGCUGUUUUCUCUUCACCGCCACUUUGGAGCAAGCAAAGCAUAAUAAUAGAUUCCGUGAGAUGACGCCAUCCGACAGCAAACACGCCAAGGUCAACGACAUGGUUUUCCACAGCUACAAGAAACAUUUUGUGGCUCCAGUUCUCUCCGAGGGAUUCUCAGAGAUCCUUCAAAUCCACUUUGUUCCACACUUCAAGGACAGAGAGUCUGAAAUUCUGUUCAGACAGUUUUCCGAGGGCUGAUCGGACUUAUGCUGCUCGUUCUGGUAAACUGAGGUUAAAUGACACCUCAGGAAAGAAAGUUGCAAACAGACGCUGACAUGCAGCCUGUGCUGCAAACUGUUGGAGCAAACAUUCUCAGCUGCAGUGAUAUUAGUCCGAUUAGCUUAGAAAUGAAGAGUCAGCUUUAUUCAGUGGAUAUUAGAAAGCCCAUAUUCUAUGUUGCA